CGCAUGCGCAACGCCUAGAUAUCACCAUGACAACCGCCGAACCCCAACCCGCGGAGCUUCAAGCUCGUCUCGAAGAUCUCGUUACUCGCGCAGCUGCAAAGGACGCUGUCAAGGAUUACAAUGCUGCAGCAGAACUAUAUUCACAAGCUACCGAGAUCCAAGCUCAGAUCAAUGGGGAAAUGUCAGUUGAAAACGCUGACCUGCUCUACGCGUAUGGAAAGUCCCUUUACAACGUUGGUGUAAGCAAGAGCGAUGUCCUAGGAUCGAAGAUUGCUGGUGGAGAAACAUCUCAGCAUCCCGAACCUACGACAAAGAGAUCGAAAGAAACCUCCUCAGGUGGACUUAUUCAAGCUGCGAUCUCGAGUUCCGUGGCGCAAGGGUCCCUUGAUUCCAAAAAGCCCACGGAGCCGGCAAAUCAGCUUUUCCAGUUCACGGGCGAUGAGAACUUUGCAGAUUCAGAUUCCGAGGAGGAAGGCGAAGGUGCACAGGAGGAAGAAGAAGAAGAGGAAGACGACUUUGCGAACGCCUUUGAGGUACUGGAUCUCGCUCGAGUCCUUCUGUUGAAGAAACUGGAAGACAUGGAACAAGAAUCAAAUGACAAAGGCAAAUCAUCAGGCAUUCCCCCAGAGGUCAGAGAAAUACAAGAACGGCUUGCAGAUAUCUACGAUUUACAAGCAGAAAUUUCGUUGGAAGGAGAGAGUUUUGCCAACGCCGUGUCAGACCUCAGAGCUGCCCUCGAGCUCAAAGAAGUGCUCUAUGCAUUUGAAGAUCCGUCAGUCUCAGAAUGUCAUUAUAAACUCUCUCUUGCCUUGGAAUUCGCAUCGGUCAGUCAAACCGACGGAGAAGAUGAGGAGAAACCCGCUGUAGUAGAUCCGGCUAUGCGAGAAGAGAGUGCAAAACACAUGCAAAGCGCGAUUUACAGCUGCAAGUCGAGGCUAUCACAAGAAGAGAAGAAACUAGAGGCGGGGGAAAUCGAAGGGGAAGACAAGAUCAACGCAGCCAAGAGGCGAAUUGCAAAUGUUAAAGAGAUUGUGGCAGACAUGGAACAACGCUUACUCGACCUACGCCGACCACCUGAAUCCGGCAAUGCCUCCAGUGAGGACGCUAAUGCGAUCGAAGCCAUGAACGGUGUCCUUGGACAACUCGUUGGAAAAUCUGCAGCCGAAAAGGCAGCUACACUCGACCAACUCAGCAAGCAAGCAAAUGAUCUCUCGUCACUUGUCCGAAAGAAGCCACAUUCAAGCUCUUCAGGCGCGAAAAGGCAACAUAACUCGAUCGAAGAGCCGGAAGGGUCGAAAAGGGCAAAGAUAGAGGAUUCCACUUAA